AUGAUGACUUUCCUGCCAAACAUUUUUACCAUCCUAGUAAUGAUAGAGUUUGUUCUAGGAAAUUUUGCCAAUGUCUUCAUAGCACUGGUGAACUGCAUUGACUGGGUCAAGAGACAAAAGAUCUCCACAGCUCAUGGAAUUCUCAGUGCUCUGGCGGUCUCCAGGAUUGGUUUGCUCUGGACAUUAGUAAUAAAUUGGUAUGCAACUGUGUUUAACCCAGCUUUAUAUAGUUUAGAAGUAAGCAUUGCUUUUAUGGUCUGGACAAUAAGCAACCAUUGUAGCAUCUGGCUUGCUACUAGUCUCAGCGUGCUUUAUUUGCUCAAGGUAGCCAAUUUCUCUAGCCUUCUUUUUCUUCACCUAAAGUGGAAGAUUAAAAGAGUAGUUCUCAUAACACUGUUGGGAACUUUGGUCGUCUUGGUUUUUCAUCUUGCAGUGGUAAACAUAGAUGAAACUAUGCAGGGGAAUGAAUAUGAAGGAAACAUCACUUGGAAGACCAAAUUCAGGGAUAUCGUGCACCUUUCAAAUAUGACUGUUCUCACACUAGCAAGCGUCAUAUCCUUUACCAUGUCCCUGCUUGAUGUGCUGUUAAUAUUUUCCCUGUGGAAACACCUCAAGAAGAUGCAGCUCAGUGGCAAAGGAUCCCAAGAUGCCGGCACCAAGGUUUACAUAAGAGCCAUACAAACUGUGAUCUCCUUUCUCUUGCUUUUUGCUGUUUACUUCCUGGCUGUAAUCAUCUCAGUUUGGAGUUCUAAGAGUCAGCAGAACAAACGAUGUCUCGUGCUUUGGCAGGUUCUUAUAAUCCUGUAUCCUUCAGGCCACUCAUUUAUCCUGAUUUGGGGAAACAAGAAACGAAGACAGGCCUUCCUGUCACUUCUGUGGCAGCUGAAAUUCUGGCUGAAAGAAAAGAAAUAA